AUGAUUAAUAAGAAAAAUCAGGGUUAUCAUUUGCCUUUGAGUAAAAGUGAUGAUCUAUUGUUUGUACAUGAUAUUGAAUAAGAAAAAUAAUAAAAUCUUCAUGAAUCAUAAUUAAGAAAAAGCAGUUUACAUGACUUUGUACUAUAGAUACCAAAGGAAUAAAAUCAUAAAAGGAACUCACAUAAUUCGAUAACAUUUAAUGAAGAGUAUAAAAAAGUGAAAUUGGUGUAUGUAUUUAUUGUUUAAAUUGCAGUCAUACUAAGAAAAAAAUUCUAACUCAAAUUGCAUAAUAUGGGUAUAAUGUUUAUAUGGCAGAGUACAUAAUUUAGAAGCAGAAAAUUUCAUUGGAAUUAGAUUAUUAAGUUAUAUUGGAUUAAGUAAUUGACAAAAUUCAUCAGUUUGAGGAAUAAUACAAAUCUUAUUCUGGAUUGAAGUUUCACAAAAAAAGUUACAAACAGAUUGUUCCUGUGUUGAUUGAUGAGCAAUAAUAAAUUGACUAAUUUGUAAUAGAGGAGAUAAGAUAAAAACAAGAAAAAGAAUCUAAAGAUUAUAAUGAAAAUUGUGGUAUAUGUUUAGGUGAGUACAUAAAUAAGUAGAAAGCUUUGAACUGUAAACAUGAGUUUUGUUAUGAAUGCUUACAGAAUUAUUUAGACAAUAAAAUUAAGAUAGGGUAGGUGCUGGAAAUUGAAUGUCCUCAAUAAGGAUGUGACAAUUAUUUUAAUGAUGAGGCUAUAAAGAGCUUAGUUAAUGAUGAUUAAUAUCAAAAAUAUGAUAAAUUCAAAAAUUAAAAAUUGUUAGACAGAGAUGAAACAGUUAGGUGGUGUAUUAAACCUGGAUGUGACAAAUAUAUUAAGGGGAAAAGUAUGUUUAGCAAUACUAUACAAUGCGAAUGUGGAUAGGAGAUGUGCUAUGAGUGUAGAAGAGAAGAUCAUCCAGGAAUGACAUGUGAAGUAUAGAUUUUUAUUUAGCUAUAGGAAGCAUUAGACAAAUAUUAUGAAUAAACAUUGAAANAUAUUUCCCAAAACGCAAAAGUACCCCAGCAAAUCCUUGCUGAAUUUAACGAAAGGUUUUUCCUACAAUAAUGUUAUAUGGGCAAUAAGUUCCGUAACACUUCAAGCAUUCUCCACAUUUAAAUAAACACUUUUAAUAUUUCCCAUCAAAUUCUUUUUCAUCUUCAAGUUCCUCAAUUUCUUCUCUUGCAUUUUUGA